CAGAUGUGGCCUUUCCAACACGAAAACUGUCAGCUAUCGUUACUACGGAGUGAUACGAUAGCCGGGUGUAGCGAGCGAGGUGUUAUACGAGACUAUUACAGCACAGUGUUAUAGAGACCUGUUACAGAGAAGUGUUAUUGAAGUCUAUUACAGUAAGUUGUUACAAGAACGAUACAGCGAAGUGAUAUAAGAGUGCCACUGCAGAGUAUUACAAGAGUGUUACAGAAGCUUGUUACAACGAAGAGUUACCGGUACUUGUCAUAGCGGGUGACCGUGUGAUUCAUCCACCCUGGAGCUGCUAGUUGUGUCUACAGGGUCAUGAAGAGCAACAGUAUAUGGAGAACAUACCUGAGUCACGCUGGAAUAGUGGUAGCUUGUUUGAGUUCACUACUCUUAUUGGCUGGUGCGGUUCUCCUGGUGAUCUCCAACACUUACCAAGAUGGAGAUGAUGAUGAUGAUGGUGACUUUGAUGGUGACUUUGAUGGUGAUGAUGGUGAAGGCUUCCUGAUCGGUGGUGUUCUAUGCUUGGCCUCUGGAGUGUUUACCUUGGCCGGGGUACUGGUGUGUUGUUUCUCCCACUACUACAACCAUGCCAACCACCACUCCCAUGUCAACCUAAGCCAAGUGAGUCAACAACCACAGCAACAACAGUUAUCAGGCCCACACCAAACACAGCAAUCGUAUCCACAGCAAGUUCAGUUCCAGGGGCCACAAUCACAGCAAUCACAACAACAACUAUAUCCCCUACAGCAACCAAUAUCCUUCCUGCAGCAACAACCAUCGUACCUACAACAACCAGAGCAACAACUAUACUCCCUACAGCAACCACCAUCUUACCAGCAACAUCAACCACCAUCUUACCAACAACAACAACCACCACCUUACCUACAACACCCAUUACCCAGCUUAGAGAAACCACCACCAUACUCACAACAACAACCACAACUACAACCUCCCUCUCUUCCUGACGGGACGAUAGUGACCUCACAGGAAGGACCCAGGUCAAUUAAGGUCACAAUCGAUCACGUGUCUCAUAUCCCUCCCAUGGCCAGCGCCCCAACGGCUCCUGAAGAUGACCUUUGACCUUGAUGAUGACCUGAAGCGUAACAAUGACCCUUGAAUAUGACCUGUAAUAGUUGUGACCCUUGAAGAUGACGUGAUCUCUGACCUUAUCUGCAACCUCUGAAGUAUGACCUUUGAGACUGUUAUCAUUUUCUUCUCUGGUAAAUGUAUCGCGUUUGGUGGGCGUAAGGAGAGAGAGAGAGAGAGAGAGAGAGAGAGAGAGAGAGAGAGAGAGAGAGAGAGAGAGAGAGAUUCCUUGUCA